AUGAUUGAGGGUGCCCUGAAUCCAGUGGAUUCACUCAAACCAACAGCAGACAUGCAUGACCAACGAGCUCCCCCCAAGGAUCUCCUCCACCAUCUUUCUCGCACCACGGCAUCUCGAGAGGCCAGUUCCAUGAAGAUGUUCUACAAGUACUUUGCACUCCCGGGAAUUGGCCAACUCGCAGGCGGACUGCCCAACAACCACUACUUCCCAUUCGACACCCUCGAAGCCAAAGUCGCUCGCCCUGAUCGCUGGGAACCCACCCCAAAUCGACCCGUGGAUCCCCCAUCUUCUGCCUCGGAAGCGCUCGCUGCUUUGUCUUUGCGGUCCAACGACAAGAAAGAUAAGAGCAAGAUCGCCAGCAACCCUCUGGGUCAGCCUCAGAGCGCACUCGUAGUCCCCCACACAAUCGAGCAACCAAAUCCCGUCAAGAAGAUUGAUCUUGCUUCGGCAUUGCAAUAUGGCACUGCUCAAGGAUACCCUCCCUUGUACUACUUCAUCCGCCAAUUUACGAGAGAUCACAUGCACCCAAACUGCCCUUACAAAGGAGGUCCAGAAGUCGUUCUGACAUGCGGCAAUACCGAUGGAUUCGGCAAGUGUCUGCAGGCUUUCAACAACGAAUGGAGUGAAGAUAAAGAUUGGGUGAGGGAUCGCGAGGGAUUGCUGGUGGAAGAGUUUGCAUAUAUGAAUGCUGUUCAAGCUGCGAAGCCUCGAGGAAUGAAUAUCGUGCCGGUGGGUAUCGACGAUGAAGGUAUGCGGGCUGACGGCAAGGGAGGACUGAAAGAGGUGCUGGAGAACUGGGAUCCGAAGCAGGGCAAGCGCCCACAUUUGAUGUACACCGUGACAAUGGGCCAAAAUCCAACUUCAGGCGUGCUCUCCCUUCAACGUCGCCGAGAUAUCUACGCCCUCUGCUCCAAAUACGACAUCAUCAUCAUCGAAGACGACCCAUACUGGUACCUUCAAUUCCCCUCCGCGACGGCGAAGAACACCACCACCACAACCUCGGAGCCCUCCAACACAUCUUUCAACCCCGACAUCGCCAUGUUUGCCAACGCCGAACCCCGUCCCACAGAAUGGAAAUCCUCCGGCUAUCCCUUCCUCGACUCCCUCGUCCCCAGCUACAUCAGUGUUGACACAGAUGGACGAGUAGUCCGCCUCGACACAUUUUCCAAAACCGUCGCUCCCGGCUGUCGUCUGGGCUGGAUCACCGCCCAGCCGGAAUUGAUCGAACGAAUCCUUCGAAUUACAGAGACCAGCACCCAACAACCUUCCGGUUUCGUCCAGUCCAUCAUCGCCGAAUUAGUCCUCGGUCCAGAACACAAAGGUCUUGCGGAGCAGAAGAAGAAGUUACCUGUUAUGCAAGGCUGGAAAGGAGAUGGUUGGGUCCGCUGGCUCGAAGGUCUUCGAGGAAACUACGAGAGGCGAAUGAAUUCCCUCUGCCACGUUCUUGAAGACGGCAAAUUUCUCGUCAAAUCCGGGAGGAGAAACUCGCUGGAUUCAGAUGAUGACGAAUGGUCUGUGAUUGAGAAGACACAACUCUAUUCUUUCGACUGGCCUGUCGGGGGAAUGUUCAUCUGGUGGAAGAUUCACUUUGAAUCGCACCCUCUGUUUCAUAUCUACAGGGAGGAUCCGGAGCGAUUCAGCCAUGCGUUCUGGAUCUGGUUGACUACGGAACCUUAUCGAGUGCUUGUGGCUCCUGGGACGAUGUUUAGUCCUUCGGAGGAGAUUCGCAAGAGGGAUGGAUGGAAGUUUUUUAGGAUUUGUUUUGCGGCUAUUGAGGAGGAGGAAUUGGUGGGUACGGGGGAGAGAUUGGUUGAUGCUGUCGGGGCUUUUUGGAGAGUCAAGGAUCGGAGGGUUAUUGAGAGGUUGUUGGAGGAGGACGAGAGUGGUUUGAGGGAGGGAAUGAGGGGUUUGAUUGGGCCUUGUUAG